CGGACGGGCCCCGGUGAGUACCGGACGGGCCCCGGUGAGGGCCGGACGGGCCCCGGUGAGGGCCGGACGGGCCCCGGUGAGUGCCGGACGGGCCCCGGUGAGUGCCGGACGGGCCCCGGUGAGUGCCGGACGGGCCCCGGUGAGUGCCGGAGAGGCCCCGGUAGCGGCUCCUUUCCCCCGGGGCACCGGCCCCAGGCCCGGCCCCACGGUCCCGCCGCUCCUCCUCCCGCAGUGACCGAAUUCUCCAAGAAGACCGGGGACUACCCGAGCCUCUCGGCCGCCGACCUGCAGGUGCUCGCCCUGACGUGCCAGCUCCAGACCGAGAUCGACGGYCCCGGCUGCCUGCGCUGGGAGCCGCAGGACAAGGUGCGGCUCAGCUCCACGCCGCGGCACCCCGAGGCUCCCCUGCACCUCGCCGGCUUCCACCUGCCCGCCAAGCACAAACCCGCGGGGAAGGGACCAUCCCAGCCCGGCCCCGGCAGCGGCUCGGCCCCGGGAGCCGACAGCGACCAGUUCGGAUCGUUCCUGUACUGGCGGCCGCCCCUGCCCAGCAUCGAGGGGGAGCUGCUGGUGAGAAGAGAAUCCCCUGCACUCUUCUCUGCGAUUCCUGGCUCCGCUCUGUGCCCCCCUGACCGUCUGCUCUCUCCCCGACACGCCCAGGCCAUCUCCGGUAGCCCCGAGCCCCUGGAGGAUCACCGCAGCUCGGCAGAUGGGGCCAGCGCCGGCGAAGAGGAGGAGGAGGAGGAUGAGGAGAGCGAUGAUGAAGGCUGGAUAACUCCCAGCAACCUGAAGCAGGCKCAGCAGGACACGGGGCAGUGCGACACUGCUCCCACCGGCAUCCAGGUGGGCUGUGUCACCACGGACUUUGCCAUGCAGAACGUGCUGCUGCAGAUGGGGCUGCACGUGCUGGCUGUGAACGGGAUGCUGAUCCGCCGUGCCCGGAGCUACAUCCUGCGCUGCCACGGCUGCUUCAGGACCACCUCGGACAUGACCAAGGUUUUCUGUCCCCACUGCGGUAACAAGACCCUGAAGAAGGUGGCAGUGAGUGUCAGUGACGACGGGAGCCUCCACAUGCAUUUCUCCCGCAACCCCAAGGUGCUGAACCCCCGGGGGCUCAGGGUGAGUAUGCAUGCCAUGUCCAGUCAAUUCCUUGGNGAAGGCUGGAUAACUCCCAGCAACCUGAAGCAGGCGCAGCAGGACACGGGGCAGUGCGACACUGCUCCCACCGGCAUCCAGGUGGGCUGUGUCACCACGGACUUUGCCAUGCAGAACGUGCUGCUGCAGAUGGGGCUGCACGUGCUGGCUGUGAACGGGAUGCUGAUCCGCCGUGCCCGGAGCUACAUCCUGCGCUGCCACGGCUGCUUCAGGACCACCUCGGACAUGACCAAGGUUUUCUGUCCCCACUGCGGUAACAAGACCCUGAAGAAGGUGGCAGUGAGUGUCAGUGACGACGGGAGCCUCCACAUGCAUUUCUCCCGCAACCCCAAGGUGCUGAACCCCCGGGGGCUCAGGUACCCGCUGCCAGCACCGCAGGGUGGCAAACACGCCAACAACCCUCACCUKGUGGAGGAUCAGCGCUUCCCUCAGCAGCGCCUGUCCCGCAAGGCCCGGCAGAAAACCAACGUGUUCGACCCCGAUUACCUGGCCGGGGCCUCUCCGUUCGCCGAGAACGACGUGCACAGCCGGGCUGCUCAUCUGCAGCUGAGGGACGCUGCCCUGGGCGCCGGCCGCCGCCGCCUCAACCCCAACGCCGUCAGCAAGAAAUUUGUGAAGAGGAGGUGAGGGACAGGGAGGGGACAGUCCCACCUCCAGUGAGGGACAGGGAGGGGACAGUCCCACCUGCAGUGAGGGACAGGGAGGGGACAGUCCAGCCUGCAGUGAGGUGUGGUGUGGGCUCUGCCAUGCUCCUCCUGGGCAUGGCUGUGCCAUUCUGUCCCCAGAUUUGCUGUCCCUGGCUGGCUUUGGGCAGCGUGGCUUUCCUGACCCAGGACACCCUGGCAGGGGCUGUGUCACCCAAUAAAACAACAAACCCCAAAGC